AUGAUUGAUAUUGUAACAUUAAAGCAGAGAGGCUUGCUUAAGCAUUUGAAGGAUCUAGAAGGUUUUUUCCUGGAGGACGAGCAGGAUGCCCUUCACCUCAAGAACAACAUCCCUCCGCACAUGCCCAAAAGAGGCCAGCAAGCAGCUCCGCAAGGAGGAGGACAGGUGGCAGUUCAGAGCAGGCAGACAGAUGCACCACCCGUCUCUCAGGAACAGGGGCCGCCCAGGAAACAUCAGCGCCACCAGAUCAAAGAGAUGGAGUUCAUUACCAUCCCAGAGUUUGACAGCAUACCACCGUAUAUGAAAGGCCGCGUGACGUAUGACCAGCUGAACGCAGCGGUGCAAAGCAUCAACACAGCUGUGACGUCAAAGUAUAAGAUCCUCCAUCAGCCAGUCAAAACCCUGAACAAUGUGUCCCGCAUGCUCCAUCAGCGCUUUAAAGACCAAGAAACAAAGGACACCAAGGGUCAGUUUUUCAUCGUGGAGCAAGACAUCAGAGAGUUCGCCCAGCUGAAGGUGGACAAACGGUUUGUGGGCAUGCUGAACAUGCUACGCCACUGCCAGCGUCUGAGGGAAGUCCGAGGCGGGGGUCUCACGCGCUUCAUCCUGCUCUGAGACUCAUCUCCAACACAUCGCUUUGAAUGGAGUCACUCUGCCGUGGAAUGAACUUCAGUGUCUAUUUUAUUAAAAAUAUAAUUAUGUCAGAUCAUCCUGAUUUGCAUCUACUCAGUUUGAGGCCUAAAACCUGGCAGAGAACUGGAUUUAUGGGUAGCCAGUCAAACAUCAAAUGUUGAAACCCUUGUGUGCUCAAAAUGUUGCUAAUAAAUUGGUUUUAGAACUGACAUUAGAGGUUUCAGAACUUUAUGUUGGAGAGCAAAAACGUAUUAUUUUGCUGAACAAAUGUCUCUUCAAUUAAUGUCAACAACAGACUUAAUUUACUCAUAAAUCUAAAAGUGUUGUUCUAAAAACCCAUUAGAAAUUCUCAGGGGCGCCCCAUGCUGAAUUAGCAUUCCGGGUCGGCCUACAAAUUGACGUCGUGAAUUAACAGUUGGGUCACUUCAUCUGUGAUGAUGAAAUUAUAAAUUGAUUGCUAUAUUGUUUAUUUUGGUGGAAAGUGGACAAAUACUGAUGCUUAAAUAAAAUUGCAGUGUUUGUAACCUCA